AUAACGCGAAUUAUCAAAGUAGUGAAAAAGGCGCGCACAGUGAACAGCGAGCGGUAAUCAAGUAAAUUUUGGCCAAAUAUCUUUCCCGCUCAAAAAGAUUUUUCUUUAGUUCUAUUUAUGUGUAACAUUGAUGAUAAAGGCGACUAAUACGCGAACACGUGCAUAGAACUAAGAGCUGUGUAAAUAGAAAUUUCAUGCUGCAUCAGGAUAAAAUAGAAUUAAUAUAGUUGUGUAAUUCCUCAUUAGUUUUCUUGCAUCGAAUCGAAACAUAUCAUUUAACUAAAAUGGAUACUUCCUCUUCAAAAGACUCGUCGAUAGAAAUAAAAAUUGAGGACGAUGAUGAUGAGUUGUUCGAUGAAGUGAUAUGUAUGAGCAGCAAAGAAACCGCAUUAAAACAAAAUGAUGCGGAAAGAGAAAGUAAUUUGGGAAAUACCGCUUUGUGUGAAGCCGAAAAAAAUGAAACUGAGGCUCCUAUGAAUAAUGAAAAUUCAAAAGCAGAAAGUGACAAUGUUGAUUGGACAGAAGAUAAUGAUACAGAGCACGAGAAUACAAGUAACAUUAUGCGUAUAGAGUAUAGAGACAAUGUAAAAAACAAGCCAGAAGAAUCACAUACAUGGCGUAAGCGAACGAGGCAGAACAGUGAGGAUCACAACGAUGAUUUCAAGAUUUCUCGUUGCAGAAGUUACUCCACUGACUCCAGCUCUAACUCCACAAACUCUUCAGAUAACGGUAAAAAGCAUAUAGAGUAUGAAACAGACCCAGUUGUAUUGGCACGUAGGCAGAAAGAAAUAGAUUACGGAAAGAAUACUAUUGGAUAUGACAGAUAUAUCGAGUUGGUGCCUAAAGAGAAACGUACACGAGAACAUCCAAGGACACCUCCAAAAUAUAUAAAAUACAGCAGAAGAGGCUGGGACGGCAUGGUACGAUUGUGGCGGAAACAACUGCAUUCUUGGGAUCCUCCCAAGGAGGACCAAACAGAUUAAGAGGCUGUUUCAUUGAAAUACUGCUAAUUUUUCUUAAUUUAUAUAUAGUUAUUGCAUAUGUUUUCGUACUAUACUUUCUUAUUUGUUACGUACUACUUCAACAAUGUCUAUAAUAAUUUAAAGCUGAAAUAAAUUAAAUGUAGAAAUAAUGAUUUCAAAAU